UUCGAUGUCCCACCGACCACACACAACGAAAACGACCAACUUUAGUGUUUGAUAACACAGCUGUAUUUGACAGAAACGUAAUCAUUGGGCCGGCCCAGGGUUGGUCGGUGAAAUAUCGAUAAACAAAAUAUUCAUUACCUAUUUAUUUUGCUAAAAUCAGGAUACUAAAAAUUCAUUUGUGAAUCAAAGUGGUUGAACAAAAAAUAUAAAGCCGGAAGAAGAGAAUAUCAUGGGACGAAAAUGUUGCGUGCCAAAAUGUAGCUCCAACUAUGAUGCGGUGCUACGACAAGGUCAAUUGACAAUCAGCACCUUCAAAUUCCCAGUGGAUAAGCCACUACGAGAUCGCUGGAUUAGAGCAAUAAAAAGAGAUAAGAACUGGCAGCCUGGUUCCACGGCGUCCAUUUGCAUACAUCACUUUCAACCGGAGGACAUUUUGCGCUACGAUAAACCGGCCAAGCUGAAACCGGAAGCAGUGCCAUCGAUAUUUGACGAAUGGGCAAAACAGGGAUCGAUUGUCAAGCGAGGUCGCCCGAAGAAAAUUGGACAAGAAUCGGAAGUUGUGAAAACUUCGGGAGACUACGAGGAUUCUUCACAUGAGGAAUGCAUCCAUCCUGCAGAUGAUGUUAUGGAAGAAAUGAUCUUUGGGUUUGACCAUUUCAAACGACUCAUACCGGAAAAGAUUACCAACGAUGAUUGGCAUUAUCAUCAAAGUGAUAAAACAUUUCACUUUUAUAACAUCUCGGAGCAAGAUACCGACAGUGCCAUUCGAAUAGAAAAUAGUAUAAAAGUGUAUGACGAUAUGAGAAUGAAGCUAUUCUUACGGGAUGUGAAGCAAGCAGACGAGAGUCUCAAAUGGAUUCUUGACCACGAUAUGAAACUUCGUCGGUGGUCACAAUUUGAAACCGUUCUGCAGAAAUACGAUCCAAAAGUUCACCAGCUAAGAGAAUCCGUUCAGGAUAGUCAACAUGGAAAUGAAUCGCACACGCUAGAUCAAGAUGAUGAUGAUUUUCAACAUUUCGAGGAAGAGUAUCUUGAUCAGUCAGAAGAUGGAGAAGUAGAAUUUUUGGAAAUAGAUGAGGAUAAUGAAGUUGAUCCUUUCGGCGAAACUAGUAAAAACCCUCUUAGCAUUAGGAAAGAUCGCAUGCAAGAGCGUGCGGAACGUAAAAAUGUCCGGGAAAUUGCACGAAAAUUGAAAAGUAGCAAGUACAAAUGUUUUAUCUGUGACCAGGAUCAUCAAUCGAGCGAAAAUUUCGAGCGACAUUUAGCUGUCCAUUCGGACAUGUUGCCUUUCAAGUGUGAUCGAUGCGUGGCGGAAACAGUGAUUAUCAAGACGCUGGCUUCGUUGAAUAAACAUCUUCUAAUGCAUGAAAAACCCCUGCAAUGUCGAUCUUGCGAUGUGAGAUUCUCCAGUUACAGCACACGUCUAUUGCACGAACAAAACAGUCACCAGAAUCGAGGUCCUUUUACGUGCGAAAUCUGCGGAAAGAUAUCUCAGUCGUUGCGAGGCCACCAACAUCACUUUAAAAUACACACCAACCCCGAAUCGAUGAAAUGCCAGCUGUGUGGGAAGCAACUUUCCUCUGCUUAUGAACUUAAGCUGCACAUGCGAGUACACACCAAGGAGAAACCGAACAAAUGUCCAUUCUGUCCAGCUUCUUUCAAUCGCAUAUCGAAUCUGGUUGUCCAUAAGCGUCGUUUGCACGGUACCGAGAGGCCAUUUCGAUGUUUAGUUUGCAAAGACAUGUUCGCAUCGAACGAAGAAUUGAAACGACAUCUUGCCACUCACGAUUCGGAACUACUCAGCAAUGCUAAAAAGACAUCUUCCAGACAGAUCGGGAUAUCUCAACCAACUGAGAGCGGAAGAGAUUACUACUGCAAAGCUUGCAGUAAACUUCUACCUAAUGCAUCUGCUUAUCAUUCCCACAUGAGGAAACAUCGCAAGCAGUAUCAGUGCAGCUAUUGUGGGAUUCGCAUUGGACAGUUGAGGGAUUUCAUCGAUCACGAGAACACCCACACUGGGAAGCGUCCCUACAAGUGUGAGGUGUGUUCGAAAACGUUCAAGACCUCGUCCACCUACUACGGUCAUCGAGUGGUUCACACCAAAGAGAGGCGGUUCGGCUGCGAGGUCUGUGGGCGACGCUUCAACCGUCUGCGACAUCUAACCGUCCACAAAAAGAUGCACCAAUCGUCGCAAAGAAAGCACGAAGAUUCCUUUGUGGCACAAGUUCAAAGGGUCGUUGAAACGGUGGACCCGCAGCAGACGCCUUCAGUAGAAGCUUGCGGCCAGGUUACUAUUACUGUGGCAACGCCAAUGUUGGACCAGCCACAGCAGAUCCCUCGAGUGAUACAAACGGCCGAUGGAAGUGAAGCGAUCGUAGUAACGGCUGAUAUGUUGAGCUCACGAAAUUUUAUCGUUUUACAGCAGUCGGAAAACGGAAACAAAUCGUGAUAAUAAAAUAUUAAAUGACGUAA